GAAAGGAAAUGGGUUGCUUAAAGUAAAACGAAGGCCAAACAAAGAUUGUGAUUCAAAACAGUUUGUGCAUUGUAUGUACUGCAAAGCAAUGUUUGGGCGUAAAGAACUAUGGCGACAUGUGAGAAGAUGUUCCUCAAAGCCAGGUUCAGUAAGUGAACAUCAGGGACGGACCAGAGUGUUGGGUUUGGCUGCCAUGGCAGAGUCUACAUCUUUGCAGCAGAUAUCUGGAGGAGUUUGGAAGCUCUUGAGUGCAAUGAAGCAAGAUGACAUAUCUUCUGUUGUACGCAAUGACUUCUGCAUUCUUCAGCUAGCGCAGUCAUUCUUCAACAAACAUGGAAAUGACCCUACCAAGUUUGAAUAUAUUCGUCAGAAGCUUCGAGAAAUUGGGAGGUUUUUGAUAACAUUGCGCAGUGAGUCCUCUAUAUACAGCCUUGAGGAAGCUAUAAAACCAGCUAAUUUCCAGCAUGUUAUUGAAGCUGUGAAGAAAGUGUCAGGUCAUGACGAAGAAAAAAACUACUACCAAAGGCCAAGCCUAGCAUUGAAAUUGGGCCACACAUUGCAAAAGGUCUGCGAGCUCAUCCACUGCAGAGGUCUAAUGGCAGAAGAUGAAGAGUUAAUUAAGUCAACUGAGACAUUCAGAAAGCUAUAUACCACCAAGUGGUCUGAGCUAAUAUCACACAGGGCUUUAAGCACAAUGAAUGAAGCAAAAUUCAAUAAACCGUCAACACUGCCUUUCACUCAUGAUGUUCAGCUCCUUCAUAAACACCUGGAAACUACUGCCAAUGCAGCAUCUGAAAACCUGAAAAAAACAUCAUCAUCACAAAGUUAUGCAGAACUUGCAAAAGCUACCCUUGCAAGGGUAAUUAUUUUCAAUCGUAGGCGUGCCGGUGAAGUAUCUAAAAUGCAGCUCAAAAGCUUCCAGGAAAGAGAGAACACACUACUUCACGCAGAUGUUGCAGUAGGUCUUUCCAAAUUUGAGCAGAAACUCUGUAGUCAUUUUAGUAGAGUUGAAAUCAGAGGUAAAAGAGGUCGAAAGGUUGCUGUCCUCCUCACACCAGAUAUGGUAGAUGCCCUAACACUUCUGGUGAAUAAAAGAACAGAGUGUGCGGUUCAGGAUAACUGCUUCUUGUUUGCUAGACCCAAAUGCCAGAGUCAUUACAGAGGUCAAGAUUGCUUGCGGCUCUAUGCAACUCAGUGUGGUGCUCAAAAUCCACAACAUCUCAGGUCAACACAUUUGCGCAAACACGUGGCCACUCUAUCACAAAUUCUUAAUUUGAAAAACAAUGAAUUAGAUCAAGUUGCUGACUUCUUGGGGCACGAUAUUCGUGUACACCGUGAGUAUUACAGGCUUCCAGAAGCGACAACUCAGCUGGCAAAAAUAUCCAAACUUCUGCUUGCUAUGGAAAAAGGGUGUCUCCCUAACUUUCAAGGCAAAUCACUCGAUGAAAUUGAAAUUGAAGAUGAGAUCAACUUAACUGAUGGCAGUGAUGGAACUGAACCUGACAGUGAUACAGAGGAUGCUACCUUGGGCACACCAAGACUGAAUGAAAGUCAAAGCAUUCAGCCAGCUACAGAAGAUAAUGCUGGAGGCUCAACAGAUUCCAUCAGUGGUCUCUAGGGAGGUCAUUUUUCUCAGUGAGUUUUAGUGGUGGGGGACCUUUGCUGAAAAAGAGCCAUAUGGAGAGCUACUCUGGAUCAAUCUGGAUUUCCCUCUGUCUCCCAUCAAGUAACAUUCAUGUAGUGACAUUCAUGCUGUUUCUCUUAUUUGCAAUAUUCUAUGUGUUGAAUUCUUGCCUUAUUUAGCCAGUUAAUAUGUGUAAUUAAUUUGGGUAUGACCUGGGUAUGAAUCCAUCUUUAAACCAUUGUGAAGCUCAGCUUUCUAAACCUUGGAUAACAUAACUUUUAAAUGUCUGUGUGCUAAUUAAAUGGAAUAAUGUUAAGUUUAACAUUACUACAGAUUAUAGCACAGGAAUUCUGGUGUCAUUCUUCAUAAAUGACUAUUUUUAUAUCCUUUGUAAUUAAUACACAAAUUUAGCUUUUCGAUACAGGUUGUAUGCAUUCUUUACUGAAAGAACUGCCCUACACAUGCAACUGUAGUAAAUUAUAUCCCAGCUCAACAUUAUCAUUCUCAGCAAUCUCAUGUAUAACUACUUCAGUUAUUUGUAUGUGUUUGCAUCUAAAUAAUACUGACUGAUUUGUUUUUUUUCUGUGACAGUGGGCCAGGUUUUUACAGCAGCAAUUAAAACCUCAAAGAAGAAGUCGCGAACACAGUGGUCAAAACAGGAGGUGACAGCUGUAUUGAAACAUUUUAAAGAUCAUAUAACCAAAGGAAAACUGGCAACAAUGGCAGAGUGUCAGCAGUGCAAGUCAGCUGAGGACCCUGUUCUGGCAGGGCGCACUGUACAAAAUAUAAGAGAUUUUGUUAGAAAUAGAGGGAUCACACUAAAAAGGAAAACCAUGUCUAAUUGAAUAUAUAUUAUUUUCUAUAGAGGCAAAAAUGCCAAGGAGAAAAAUAUUGUUUAUUUCUAAUUUUUGGGGAGUAAAGAAUUUGCCCUCGUGUCAUGCACUCUUAAGUUGCAGAAAGUCUUUUGUUACAAGUUAUAAUAAAAAAUUAAUUAUUUUAAUAUUAAUAUUUUAAUUUCACGUUAGUACUUGUGCAUAAGUAAUCUGCAUUUCAUUAAUCAGGAAAAAAGUCAUUUUUGUUUUUGUGCAUAUUCGAGGUCCAAUAAAACAUCACUGACCUUCUAGCACAGUGAAUGGA